CAUCUAGCCCUUUCAUUUCACUGGUGUCACAUGUUAGUGAUGUUUCUGUCUUGUUGAUCGGAAGACAGGAGUUAUGUCUCUCACUACAGUGAUUUUUCAUCUGUUUUAGCAUCAGCAUGUGGAUCACUGUAUCUCUCUUCGUGUUAACUUUUACCGCGCAGGUGUGGUCCAGUGUUUGCCCAUGUGCUCGAGAGGAGUUAUGUCAGCCCAUCCGAACCCAGCCGGGGUUUGAGGUUUUUGUAUUUGAUGUUGGGAAAAAGUCUUGGAAGUUUUAUGACUGGACCAAAGUGACAACGGUUGCAGCUUUUGGAGAAUAUGAUGCUGAACUCAUGUGUUAUGCUCACUCUAAACAGGCCCGUGUGGUCCUCAAAGGAGAUGUGCCACUGUCAUAUAUUGUGGAUCCAGUAAAUAGGACAGCUUGGAUUCAGGAAAAAGUCCAGUUAGCAAAAAGUCAGUUCAUGGAUGGAAUAAACUUAGACGUUGAGCAGGCAGUGGAGACCGGAUCCCCUGAAUACUAUGCAUUGACAGCCCUUGUUAAGGAAACCACUGAAAGUUUCCACACAGAGAUUCCAGGCUCUCAGGUAUCAUUUGAUGUGGCUUGGUCGCCCAAAUGUAUUGAUAAGCGUUGCUAUGACUACCUUGCAAUUGCCGAUUCAUGCGAUCUCUUGUUUGUUAUGUCCUAUGAUGAGCAAAGCCAGAUCUGGGGUGAUUGUAUUGCAAUGGCAAAUGCUCCCUUCAAUCAGACGUUGACUGCCUAUGAUCAAUACAUCAGCAUGAAUAUAGUCAAAAAAAUUGUGAUGGGUGUUCCAUGGUAUGGUUAUGACUACAGCUGUCUGAAUUUCACAAAGGAUGGAAUAUGUACAAUUACAAAAGUGCCAUUCAGAGGGGCUCCAUGUAGCGAUGCAUCCGGCAAACAAAUUCCAUACAGCAUCAUGAUGAAACAGAUCAACAGCUCAAUAUCAGGACGGCUGUGGGAUGAGAUCCAGCGAGCUCCAUAUUAUAAUUACAAGGACACAGAAGGUGGGGUCCAUCAGGUAUGGUAUGAUGACCCUGAAAGCAUUGCUCUGAAAGCUGUCUAUGUGGCACAACGUGGUCUGAAAGGAAUUGGAAUGUGGAAUGGAAAUCUCCUGGACUACAGUAGUGACCCAAUCGCUCAGCAACAGACAGUGGACAUGUGGAACGCCCUUACACCCAGUGAACACAAGGGGUCUACUGCCCUCCCCUAACAUCAGUUUUUAUACACAGGUCUGAAUGACAGAAGGUGUUGUUCUCACACUAAACAUUUGUCAGAUUUAUGAUGUGUUUUAUUUGUUUUAUCACAAACUAAAUAAAUGGCACACUCUAUUUCA